GUUAUGGCAGCCCUUGAUCAAAAGUCACCCAACGUCCUUUUGCAGAGUCUUUGCUGUAGGAUCACAGGCAAGAGUGAAGCUGAUGUCGCUCAUCAAUUCCAGUAUGCGGUGAGAGUAAUCGGUAGUAACUACGCUCCCACCAUCGAACGAGACGAGUUUCUGGUCUCUGAGAAGAUCAAGAAAGAACUGUUGAAGCAGAGGAGAGAAGCAGAUGCAGCCCUGUUCUCAGAGCUCCACAGAAAGCUGCAGACACAGGGGGUGUUGAAACACAGGUGGUCUAUAUUAUAUCUGCUCCUUAGUCUCUGUGAGGACCCCAGGAAGCCAUCCGGUCGAGUGGGCAACUAUAGUGCCCUGUUUGCCCAGGCGCUGCCACGCGAUGCCCACUCCACCCCUUUCUACUGUGCCCGUCCCCAGAGCCUGCCCCUCAGCUACCCGGAGCGGGCGGCGGUCGCUCACAACUCGACCAGUAUGGGCACAAGUGGAGUCAGCAGCCUAGGCAUGUACUCAAUCAAUGGGCCUACACCACCUCCUCAGUCUCUUCUGGCAGGACAUCCAGCCCAGCCGGCGGGGGACCCUCUCCGGGGGUCCCGUCUGGCCUGGGCCCUGCCUCUGACCGGUUCUCCCUCAGCUUCAGCUCCUACCUCAAGGGCACCUGUCGCCCCCUCAGGCCCCGCCCCCAGGCCCAUCCACAGGCAGCGACGGGACGGAGACGGCAGUGCGGAAAUCAGCGAAGCGGCACUCGUCAGAGACAUUUUAUACGUCUUCCAGGGAAUCGACGGCAAGUUUAUUAAGAUGUCCGCCCCGGAGAACUGCUACAAAAUUGACUCAAAGGUGCCAUUGUGUAAGUCUCUGUGUGACACCAGUAGCCGGUUAGCAGAACUGGGCUGGCUCCAUAAUAAAGUGAGAAAGUACACGGACUCCCGCAGUCUGGAUCGGGCGUUUGGGCUGGUGGGCCAGAGUUUCUGUGCCUCUCUUCAUCAGGAACUGAAGGAAUAUUAUAGACUGCUCUCAGUGUUACACUCGCAGCUGCAGGUAGAGGAUGAUCAGGGUGUUAACAUCGGAGGGGACAGUAACCUCACUCUGAGACGACUGCUUGUGUGGACCUAUGACCCAAAAGUCCGACUCAAAACCCUGGCGGCUCUGGUGGACUACUGCCAAGGGAGGAAAGGAGGGGAGUUGGCCUCGGCUGUUCACGCCUACGGGAAGACAGGAGACCCUCAUAUGAGAGCUUUGGUGCAACACAUCCUGAGUUUGGUGUCCCACCCCAUCCUAAACUUUCUCUACCGCUGGAUUUACGACGGAGAAUUAGAGGACACCUACCACGAGUUUUUUGUAGCCUCAGACCCUACAGUAAAGACAGACCGGUUGUGGCACGAUAAAUACUCCCUGAGAAAAUCCAUGAUUCCGUCCUUCAUCACCAUGGACCAGGCCAGAAAGGUUCUUCUCAUCGGCAAAUCCAUCAACUUCCUGCACCAGGUUUGCCACGAUCGAACGCCGCCGGGGAAAAUCAUGCCCGCCUCCAAGUCGGCCGACUCCCUUAAGGACGCUGUGGAGCUGUUUACAGAUCUGGAGGGGGCAUUCCAGGAGAAGAUAGACGCUGCGUACUUUGAGACCAGUAAAUAUCUGUUGGACGUGCUGAACAAGAACUACCUUCUCCUGGAGCACCUGCAGGCCAUGAGGAGGUACCUACUACUGGGACAGGGAGACUUCAUCCGCCACCUUAUGGACCUACUCAAACCAGAGCUGGCCAGGCCAGCCACGACCUUGUACCAGCACAACCUGACUGGCAUUCUGGAGACCGCGGUCAGGGCCACCAACGCCCAGUUUGACAGCCCAGAGAUCCUGAAGAGACUGGACGUCCGCUUACUGGAGGUGUCUCCAGGUGACACGGGUUGGGACGUCUUCAGUCUGGAUUACCAUGUGGAGGGGCCUAUUGCCACGGUGUUUACGCGCGAGUGCAUGGCACAGUACCUGCGGGUCUUUAACUUCCUGUGGAGAGCCAAACGUAUGGAGUACACGCUCACUGACAUCUGGAAGAGCCAGAUGUGCAACGCCAAGCUGCUCAAGAGCAUGCCAGAGCUGUCCGGAGUGCUGCAUCAGUGUCACAUCCUGGCCUCAGAAAUGGUCCAUUUCAUUCAUCAGAUGCAGUAUUACAUCACAUUUGAGGUUCUGGAAUGUUCCUGGGAUGAGCUGUGGAACAAAGUCCAACGGGCUCAGGAUCUGGACCACAUUAUCGCAGCCCACGACGUCUUCCUGGAUACAGUCAUCUCCCGCUGUCUACUGGAUACAAACAACAGGUCUCUGUUGAACCAGCUGCGAGCGGUCUUUGACCAGAUCAUUGAGUUCCAGAACGCUCAAGAGGCCCUGUACCGCUCUGCUCUGGAGGAACUGCAGCUCAGACUGCAGUUUGAGGACAAGAAGAGACAAAGACAGGAAGAGGGAGAAUGGGGGGUGACAGCUGAACAGGAAGCAGAGGAGAACAAACGAGUGCAGGAGUUCAAGGACACGAUACCAAAAAUGUGCUCUCAGCUUCGAUUACUGACGCAUUUCUACCAGGGGAUAGUCCAGGAGUUCUUGCGUCUGCUGAUGACCAGCCCUGACGAGAGCCUGCAGUUCCUCAGCUUCCGUCUGGAUUUCAACGAGCACUACAAGGCCAGAGACCCCCGCCUGCGGGCCUCACUGGGAGCCACAAGAGGGCGCCGUAGCUCCAACAUUUGACCCGGCUCAGCUGUGGUUACAGGGUUUGGUCUGGAACGCUGCUGGCCAAGAGGGCUACUUUUAACUCUUUUCAAUCUAGGGAUGA